AUGGCAUAUACAAAAUUUCACCACCCUCAGCCGGACUUUGAAAAACCGAUCUUCUGUGAUAUAGAUGGUUCAUCUUUAUACGAAGCUCCCUAUGGAUCUUUGCUUACCUCAAUCAUCCAGCGCAAUGACGUGACAGCUUUGUAUUCAUAUAAUAAUAGCCCGAACUCACGUCUCUUUUUGCAAAGCUACGAUUCAGAGCGUCAAGAUCCUUUCAGUGUUGCUUUGGGCUGCCGUAGCUUCGAUGUGCUACGUGCUUUGAUUAGUAUCUACAUUUCAGACCCAUCGAUGACCGAGCCACUACAAACAUAUACCAACCGCUGUGGGCUCUCUCUGAUUCAUCGAACUUGCUCUGCCGGGGAACAGGACAUGGUGGAAUGGUUGAUAAACCAUGAGCCACCACUGGGUUCGUUACACGAUCGAGAUCCCACUGGCAUGGGCUGGACGCCUUUAUUAUACGCUGCUGAGGCGCUGGGAAUAGCAGGUGAUCUUAUCUUAGAUGCUGAUGUUGAAGAGGCUCCUGCUAUUGCUAGAAAGAAAGCAAUUCUAGGCCAGGCGAUUCCUUACGCCAGCUACGGAAUGGUCUCGCGUCUUAUUACUAAGGAAAGUGAUGUUCACACUCCUCAGACUUGGUCUAGCCAGAACACAGGCAUUGAACUUGGGCAAAAUGUGACACCGCUGCAUAUUGCAUCCUUGUUCUGGAAUUUAGACGGCAUACAAGCGCUUAUAGAUCACCGCGGUGAUGUUGGGCUAGAAUUUAUGGCUUCUAAAGCUGAUGAUGAUGGCCGACUUCCACUCCACUGGGCUUUUACUUGUAUCAGGGACAAUCGUGAAGAAAAGGAUAAUUUGGAUGAGAUUAUCUCACGUAUGACGAGCACUAUGAGAAUUCUGCUUGACGCAAAGCCAGACACGAUCAACACACGAGACCAUCACGGCUCUACAGUUUUCCACUAUGCGGCCCGCCUGAACCUUAUGGGACAUGAGGUUCUUUCUCGAGCUAUUCAAAAGCUUCUAGAUGCCCUGCCAUCUCUCGAUACCUUGAAUGUCCGAAAUCAUCGAGGCGCAACAGCUGUUGGGGAUAUGUUACAGCCUUUUACAUCCCCUGCUGGCACUCUAGAACAGAUAAUGGGCCCGAUUUUGACCCUCCUGGCGAAUGGGGCUGAUGCACACUUAUGCGACAAUAAGGGACGCAAUGUUCUCCAUAGGCUUUGCAUGUCUACCUGGAAACAGCCCCUCACGGCUGGCAUACUAGGCCGCCUUCUUGAAUUUGUGGAUAUCAAUGACACUGAUGUCGACGGCCGUACUGCCCUGGACUAUCUAGUGAGCAAGCCGAAUCGUAUUGACGCUGCUCAUUACCUUAGAACACGGGCUGCCGAUGCCACGGGAAGUUACUAG